AGAAGCGUGUGGAUGUGACGGAUAGCAUUCAAAUUUAGAAACCUGUGAUUGGCGGAUAUGUCUUUCUAGCUAGGCCAUUUCUAACCAAUGAAAUAUGUUUCCUUCAUUCAUUGGGCAAAAACACACAAUCAGGGAGAGGAAAGCCAGCCCUCUUAAAUUAGCAUGAGCUUUCAAUAAAUACCCAGUACAUGCGUCCAAAAUGUUACAUUGUGUUGUUCAUCACGAAUUAACAUGCCUGAACCAGCGAAGUCUGCUCCCAAGAAGGGCUCAAAGAAGGCCGUCACCAAGACCGCCGGCAAAGGAGGAAAGAAGCGCAAGAGGUCCAGGAAGGAGAGCUAUGCUAUCUACGUCUACAAAGUGCUGAAGCAGGUUCAUCCGGAUACUGGCAUCUCUUCUAAGGCGAUGGGAAUCAUGAAUUCUUUCGUCAACGACAUCUUCGAGCGCAUCGCCGGUGAAGCUUCUCGUCUCGCUCACUACAACAAGCGCUCCACCAUCACAUCUAGAGAGAUCCAGACCGCCGUGCGUCUGCUGCUGCCCGGUGAGCUGGCCAAACACGCCGUGUCUGAGGGCACAAAGGCCGUGACCAAGUACACCAGCUCCAAGUGAGACGUGAACUGAUCUCAACUACCCCAACGGCUCUUUUAAGAGCCACCCAUAUUCUCAUUUAAAGAGCUUAUUGUUUAAA